AUGCUCAGGCACAGCACAUUCCUUGUCGAUGGUGUGGCACUCUACAAACACAUGAGGGCACAAUGCCCGGCCCAGGGCAAGCAAUGUAACCGCUGCAGGAAGCUUGGACACUUCGGUGCGGUUUGCCUGUCAGCCAAGACUGACAACCAAGGGAGACAGCCGCGACGCAAAUUUUCCAGUCGGCGACAGAGUCAGAAUUCAAAGUCAGUUGUAGAGGAAGUUUUCCUUGGUGACCUGAGUGACACAUCAUCCAACGACCCCUGGUUCAUCACGGCCCAAGUGAAUGGAACGAACAUUAGGUUCAAAGUGGACACUGGCGCUGAUGUGACAGCUGUACCAAAAUCAGUUCUGCCCCGUAGCAUCCUCUCUUCUUUGCAACGGUCCACAAAGGAGCUCUAUGGACCCGCAAGAUCCUCUAUUGACACCAUAGGUCAGGUGGAAGUCGAUGUCACAUGGAACGGGCAGACAAUACGGGAGCAAAUAUUUGUCAUCCAAGGUCUAAGGGACGCCCUUCUGGGUAGACCAGCUAUACUGGCGCUCAACGUACUGCCACAAAUCCUCACGGUAGAUGAAUGCCCAUUAGGCGACCCAGUAGCGUCCAAGUAUAAAGAUCUCUUCGGGCCAUUAGGACACAUGAAGGCGGUCUAUGGAAUCAAGUUAGUACCUGGUGCUACACCGCAUGCAGUCAAUUAUCCAAGACGAGUUCCCAUUCCGUUCCUACCAAGCGUGCAGGCCGAACUAAGGCGCAUGGAAGAUCUUGGCGUCAUCAAGAAAGUAGACCACCCCACAGAAUGGUGCGCGCCAAUGGUCGUGGCGAAAAAGAAAGACGGGAAACUACGGAUCUGCGUCGACUACGCUGAGCUCAAUAAGCAGAUAAUACGUGAGCGACUCAUCAUGCCGACGGUCGAGGAGAACCUCAGCAGUAUUAGAAGGGCGAAACUCUUGAGCAAGUUAGACGCAAACGCGGGCUAUUGGCAAGCGCCUCUCUCACCGGAAAGCUCUGAGCUCACCACGUUUAUCACCCCGCUUGGGCUAUAUCAGUUUCUGCGUCUACCAUUCGGAAUCUCGACAGCGCCUGAAUUCUUCCAACGGGAAAUGCUGCGCAUCUUAGAAGGCCUAGAAGGGACAGUGUGUCAUAUGGACGAUAUCCUCAUUUACGGCAAUGACGAAGCUGAGCACGAUCGACGCCUGAACGCCGUGCUCAGUAGGUUGAAGAAAGCCGGUGUUACACUCAACUCCAAAAAGUGCCAGGCAAAACGAGGAUACCUUUUCUUGGGCACAUUCUCGACGCAAAGGGUAUAUCGUCGGACCCUGAGAAAACUGAAGCGGUCAGAAAAAAUGCCACCACCGAAAAAUGUUGCCGAACUGCGUUCAUUUUUCGGUAUGAUAAAUCACCUGAUGAAGUUCAUACCUGGCCUAGCGGAAAAGAGGAAACCGUUAAGGGACCUUCUCUCGUCAGACGCAGCCUGGAUGUGGAGCCCUCAGCAACAGGAUGCUUUCGAAGGCAUCAAAGACGAAUUGACAAGAACUCCGGUCCUCACAUAUUACUCUCCCAACAGACCGCUUACGUUGUCAGUCGACGCAUCGUCUUAUGGCCUAGGCGCGGUGCUACUUCAAGAAGACUGGGAUGGACACCAUCGUCCUGUAGCGUACGCAUCUCGGGCACUAAGCAAGACUGAACAGCGUUACGCGCAGGUGGAAAAGGAAGCUCUUGCAAUUACGUGGGCCUGCGACAAAUUUCGAAUGUACGUCUUGGGACUACGCUUUCGUGUGCACAAUGACCACAAACCUCUGGUCCCAAUUUUUUCCACGAAGAGGCUCGAUGAACUUACUGCUCGCCUGCAGCGCCUGCGGUUACACACGCUGGAGUACGAUUUCUCCAUCUCACACGUACCGGGAAAACAACUCUUCACAGCUAAUGUGCUCUCCAGGAAUCCGGUAAUAUUUAACGGGGACACGGAUGCAUACCUUGCAAGUGCAAUUGAAGAGUACGAGGCUCUUACAAUCGACCUUCUACCUGCUUCAGCCAACAUGCUAGAACGGAUCAGGAAAGCCUCGGCACAGGACAAGACUUUAACGCUCAUCGCUGAGUACUGCACGACGCAGUGGCCUCCAGAUGCAGUUCUCUCCCCAGAGUGUCGAAAGUUCGCCAGCGUCGCGGACGAACUAGCCGUGGUCGACGGUCUCCUACUAAGGGGAGGACGACUUGUCAUUCCGCAAGCCAUGAGACACGAGGUGUUGGCCAGUCUACACGCGGGACAUCAAGGCGUCACAAGAUGCCGCGCGAGAGCUAGAGAAGCUGCGUGGUGGUCAGGCAUCAGUGAACAUCUACAAGACUUCAUCAAGCGGUGUCCCACUUGCCAGAUGCACAGAAGACCAGGUACAGAGCCCCGGAUGCAGACACCCCUCCCGGAGCGGCCGUGGACGGUAGUGGGCAUGGAACUUUUCUAUGCAAAUCGACAAAACUAUCUCGUGUUCGUAGAUUAUUUUUCAAAGUUUUUUGAAACCUCGCACCUCAAGACGACAACAGCUGCGGACAUCAUUGCAGAACUACGACCUAUGUUCGCUCGCUUUGGCAUCCCGGAAGUCGUACGAUCAGACAACGGCCCACAGUUUACGUCUGCAGAAUUCAUUGUUUCGAAAUAUACAUUAACAUUUGCCUGUUCCAGCACAUACCUGUAG